AUGGUGGCAGUUCAGGCUGACCAGGCUGCUCCCAAGACUGCUGAUUCCUGCCAAUCCAAAUGGGGUCAUAUAAGAAAAAUGUAUAAAGUAGUUGAUAAAACAAGCAAUGCCUCAGGUUUAUCAUUCAACAUCAAGAAGGGGGCUAACAUUGGUGAUGGAGGUGAGAGUGUGUGGGCAGACUAUGUUUCAGUAUGUAAAAACCCUGAAGCAAAGAGCCUCAAAACAAAAGGAUGGCUGCAUUAUGAGAAACUCCAAGGUAUUAUC